GCGGCGGCGGCUCGUGAGCCCCGGGCAUGGGGGAGACGUUCGGCGGGGACGCGCUGGCCGGGCCCGGCGGCGUGGGCGGCGGCCUGGGGCCGGUGGACGUGCCCAGCGCUCGAUUAACGACAUACAUUGUGUUGCUGUGCUUCACUAAAGUUUUAAAGGCUGUAGGACUUUUUGAAUCAUAUGACCUCCUAAAAGCUGUUCACCUUGUUCAGUUCAUUUUUAUAUUAAAACUUGGGACUGCAUUUUUUAUGGUUUUGUUUCAAAAACCAUUUUCUUCUGGGAAAACUAUUACAAAACACCAGUGGAUCAAAAUAUUUAAACAUGCAGUUGCUGGCUGUAUCAUUUCCCUCUUGUGGUUCUUUGGCCUUACUCUUUGUGGACCACUAAGGACUCUGCUGCUGUUUGAGCACAGCGACGUCGUCGUCCUCUCGCUGCUCAGCGUCCUGUUCACCGGUUCCGGAGGAGGACCAGCAAAGACGCGGGGAGCUGCUUUUUUCAUCAUUGCUGUGAUCUGUCUGUUGCUGUUCGACAACGAUGACCUCAUGGCGAAGAUGGCGGAGCACCCUGAAGGACGGCAUGACAGUGCGCUCACCCACAUGCUCUACACAGCCAUCGCCUUCUUAGGGGUGGCAGACCACAAGGGUGGAGUGCUGUUGCUAGUCCUGGCUUUAUGUUGUAAAGUUGGUUUUCACACAGCUUCCAGAAAGCUCGCUCUAGAUGUCGGUGGAGCCAAGCGUCUUCAGUCUUUAUCCCAGCUUGUUUCUGUGCUUCUCUUAUGCCCCUGGGUGGUGGUUCUCUCUGUGACAACUGAGAGUAAGGCUGAAUCUUGGUCUUCUCUCAUCAUGCCUUUCACAACGGUCGUCUUUUUUGUCAUGAUCCUGGAUUUCUACGUGGAUUCCAUUUGCUCAGUCAAGAUGGACCUUUCCAAAUGUGCUCGCUACGGAUCCUUUCCCAUUUUCAUCAGCGCUCUCCUUUUUGGGAAUUUUUGGACGCAUCCCAUAACAGACCAGCUUCGGGCCAUGAACAGAGCCGCGCACCGGGAGAGCACGGAGCACGUCCUGUCUGGAGGCGUGGUAGUGAGCGCCGUGUUCUUCAUCCUGGCUGCCAACAUCUUAUCAUCUCCUUCUAAGAGAGGACAGAAAGGCACCCUCAUUGGAUACUCUCCUGGAGGAACCCCUCUCUAUAACUUCAUGGGUGACGCUUUUCAGCACAGCUCUCAGUCAAUCCCUAGGUUUAUUAAGGAAUCACUCAAGCAGAUUCUUGAGGAGAGUGACUCUAGGCAGAUCUUUUACUUCUUAUGCUUGAAUCUGCUUUUUACCUUUGUGGAGUUGUUCUAUGGAGUGCUGACCAAUAGUCUAGGCCUGAUCUCGGAUGGCUUUCACAUGCUCUUUGACUGCUCGGCCCUGGUCAUGGGUCUGUUUGCUGCCCUCAUGAGUCGGUGGAAAGCAACUCGGAUUUUCUCCUAUGGGUAUGGCCGAAUAGAAAUUCUGUCUGGACUUAUUAAUGGACUUUUUCUGAUAGUAAUAGCUUUUUUUGUAUUUAUGGAGUCAGUGACGAGAUUGAUUGACCCUCCGGAGUUAGACACAAACAUGUUAACACCAGUCUCAGUUGGAGGGCUGGUAGUCAACCUUAUUGGCAUCUGUGCCUUUAGCCAUGCCCACAGCCACAGCCAUGGGGCCUCUCAAGGAAGCUGCCACUCAUCUGAGCAUGGCCACUCUCACCAUGCACAUGGACACAGUGACCACGGGCACGGGCACAGCCACGGACCCACAGGUGGAGGCAUGAAUGCCAACAUGAGGGGUGUAUUUCUACACGUUUUGGCAGAUACACUUGGAAGUAUUGGUGUGAUUGUAUCCACAGUUCUCAUAGACCAGUUCGGAUGGUUCAUUGCCGACCCUCUGUGUUCUCUUUUUAUUGCUGUAUUAAUAUUUCUCAGUGUUGUCCCGCUGAUCAAGGACGCCUGCCAAGUCCUGCUUCUGAGGCUGCCGCCCGAGUACGAGGGAGAGCUGCAGACGGCCCUAGAGAAGAUACAGAAAAUUGAAGGAUUAAUAUCCUACCGAGACCCUCAUUUUUGGCGUCACUCAGCCAGUAUUGUGGCAGGGACAAUUCAUAUACAGGUGACAUCUGACGUGCUGGAGCAAAGAAUAGUGCAGCAGGUCACAGGAAUACUUAAAGAGGCUGGGGUCAACAACCUGACUGUUCAAGUGGAAAAGGAGGCGUACUUCCAGCAUGUGUGCGGCCUGAGCGCUGGCUCCCAUGACGUCCUGGCCAUGACAAGGCAAAUGGAGUCCAUGAAGUACUGCAGGGAUGGGACCUACGUCAUGUGAGGCCACUCGGAGCCCCCCAGGAUGAGCCAAGAAGACUGAACUGUGUGUAAUGUUGUCAGAAGAAUCAGAAAAAAUUUACACGAGUGCAGAAAAAACUUUUAAAGCUCCCUACUGUUGGAUCAAGGAGUGUUUCGAAAGAAAAUUUCAGUGCAGAAUGACGCAUUAAUUACAAGAAAAAUACUCUAUUGAAUUAUGUAUGUGGAAGGAAUCUUCAUUCAAGCGAAGAUGACGUCUGGCAUCGUCUUCAGAAGCGGACGCAGUGAUGGGUUCUAGGGAACCCCAGCACGCCUUCUGGCUUCACUGUCUGUCAGGAAGCAUCUCCACUGUAAAUAUGUAUUUACAUGUUUAUUACAAGACCCAAAUGAAAAGUUUUGAGCUGAUUUUUGCAUAGCUUAAGGACAAAAUAGGAAUAAAAUUUCUAUAUUUAUGGAUUUUCUGUAUAUAAAACUGCUUUCUAAUUAUAACUUAAGUCCCUUAAGUAUAAUCUGUAUUGCCAUGUUAAAUGUAAAUUAAAUUAGGAGAAACUUGCACCACCAAAUUGAGGUGAGCAAUGAGAAUAGGGAACUGUAACCUUACAGUUUUUGAUGUAUUACAAAACAAACCACUCUGUUAAAUAAAUUUUUUUUUACUUUUGGUA